UCAAGAAUUCAAGAUUUCCCAAGCUUAUGUUUCUUGAAAUUCAUGGGGUAGAAACUUAAGGGUAAAUGCGUAAUUUACUAUAAAUCUCGUAACCGGGGAUUAAACAUCACGCUGUUUACUACAGAAACUAAAAACGGCAAGUAGUUAUUGACUUUGAUUUUUUUUUGUAUAUAAUACACGACUUGUAAAAAAAAGUCAUCGGCGAUUGAUUUAAUCUUUUGUUAUCGCCGUCGUUGAACUCUCUCGCCGGCGAUAAUGAUCUAUGUUGAUGGAACACUAAUUCAAGAUGAGAGUUGUUCAUCUUCCUUGUCUUCCUCAUCGCAGGGAAGUAGCUUGCUUCUUGAUGUAAUGAGUCAUCCUGUGAUAAUCUCAGCCUCUGGUUCUUUUAAGAAUCUUGAAGAAAGGAAUGUUUCUUUCGGUGAAAGAGAUUUAGAGAGCUCAACAAAAGACAGAUAUGUUUAUGUAUUCCAAAGCGAAUUUGCUGUUGUGAAUCCAGCGCUUGUUGAUUUUGUUGGCACCGAUGAAGCAACCACUUGUGUAGGGCUUGUUAUCCGCAACAGAAAAUCUGGAAUGACGUCUAUUGCACACAUGGACUCUCCAAAAAUUGUGGAUUUGGGGUUAAGCCAGAUGUUAUCAUUGGUUUUAGAGGAUGAAGAUGCUGAUUUAGAUGUACAUAUGGUUGGUGGUUAUGAAGAUGUCGACAUAAAAAAUGCUGAUGGUGGUGACUAUGCCAAACCAGAGGGUUACUCUUAUCCUUUGUGUUGCAAAUUAGUAGAUACUUUCCAGAAGAGACGAGAAAACUUUCACAUUCAAACCCUCUUUAUUCUUGGGCACAAUACCAAGUUGGAUGCACAAGGGAAUACGUGUCCCAUUUUCAAUGGAUGUCUGGUGAAUACCUCCACCGGUUCAAUUUUCCCAGCCAGUUUCGACAGAACAUCUAGAUGUCCGGAUGAGAUUGUUCGUAGGAUUCGAGUUUCAUCGUCAUGUGAAGAUCCUAGCUGGAAGGGAAAGCUACUUGACACAUAUGACACAAAAACUGAUAGAUUCAUUAUACCACCAUGCCCCUGGACAAUGCGCCUGAUUGAAUAUGUUUGGGAAGUUAAUCAGCUUUCUGAUGAAGAAAUCCUCACUAAUUGUUCUACCUCACCUUCUGCUGAAGGUCCAGACUUCGUAGACAACUCAAGAAGGGUUUGGGAGUAUUUACUAAAAUAUCCAGAGUGGAGCAAAACAUUCCCAAGGAGACAACCACGUGUGUUUGAAAGGACUGCUGAUGGACACUGGACAAAAUGCUGACUUGUCUCACCCUAAUCGUGACAUUAUCCACAAAUCUGGCAAUAAAUAGCGGUUUGAGUGUAUCUAACUAUCUAUCUAUGAUCUAUCUACAUUUACUUUAAUGGAGUUAUUUGCACCCGGAAUGAAUUGUAUAUCUGUAAAUGGUUAAGAUUAAGACUUAAGAACACAUGUGAUUCUUGGACGCACACGAUGUUCUUUUUGACUUUUUCUUUUUUUGUAACAAGCAUUGUAAGUUUGGUU